CUUUCCAUUCCAUCAUAUCAAGUUCCUCCUCAAAAUGGCUACCAUUAUCAUUGCUCCAGAAUAUGGUUAUACCGUUGCCGCCGCUAUCGCCUCCACUAUCCUCGUCACAUAUCUAGGUGUACGGGUCGGCAGCUAUCGCAAGAUCGCCAAUGUCCCCUAUCCGUUCCUCUACGCGGAUGCAGCAGAUUGCAAAGACGACCACCAGAAAUAUAUCUUUAACUGCUAUCAGCGCGUUCAUCAAAACACCCUCGAGGGGUUUGCCAGCUAUCUGAUCAUGCUCAUGUUCGCCGGGAUUCAAUACCCUGUUGCGUCUGCCGCCCUGGGGUCUAUCUGGUGCAUCGGACGCAUCCUUUACUCCAUCGGCUACACCACCGGCGAUCCUAAGAAGCGUCAACUCGGUGCCUUUGGGCAUAUUGGAGAGAUUGGACUCCUGGUCUUGACAGGGAAGAUCGCAUAUGACUUGAUCAUGUCCUCCGCAUAGAUACAUCUUCA